UUGAAACUGUAAUCAUUUAAAUUUCAAACCGCUUCCCGCCUUAUUACUCAACGGAUCAAAGAUCCGUGAAACCGGUUUGACAAGUUUUCCCGUCUGGUUAUUUUUAGAAACAAUAGCUAUAUAUAGUAACAACCUGGGCGACACAGAUAGAAGAUUAGCUGUCUGAGAGCAAGAUGGCGUCAACACAGUACAGAGUUACACAGAUUCUGUUUAUACUAUGCAACAUCUUGUUCUUGAUUAUGGGAGUGGCCAUGGUGGUGGUCGGUGCAUAUUUACAGAUAUCCAGGUCCAACUAUGUUGAUUUGAUGCCAAGUGAUGAAUUCUUCACAGCAACAGCCUUAAUGAUUUCAUCUGGAACUAUUGUAGUCGUUGUAUGCCUUUUCGGAUUUAUUGGCGUAUGGAUGCAAAGUCAAUGUGUUAUGCUCAUUUACUUACUGUGUGUUCUGGUGAUACUUACCUUGUCAGUAGCUGCAGGAAUCAUAGCCUUUGUGUUCCACAGAGAAAUUGAUGUAGAACUAAAGGGUAAAUUACUCGAAGGUUUGAAAGAUAAAAACAAACGUGAUGAAUGGGAUGAUAUUCAAAGUUCAGAGCGUUGCUGUGGUGUAUCUAACUAUACAGACUGGUAUGGUGUGUAUGACCCAGAUUAUCCGGAAAGUCUUCCCGACUCGUGUUGCGACGGUCCAAACUGUGGGUCACAAGGAAGAGUUGUAGCUUAUGAUGUUGGUUGUUAUAAAAAAGGUAAAGACUGGAUAAAGGACAAUUUCUACACACUUGGAGCAGCUGGAAUUGUUCUAGGAAUUUUGCAGAUAAUUUCAAUCGCGGCAGCUCUUGCUUUACUAAUAAUGAUGAGAAGAGAGAAGGUUGUAUGAGCAGCGUGGACAAGAUUGUCUCAGACCCCUAGUAUCUUCAAGUGCAUGGUCAGCAAACAAAGGAUUCUAUCUACAUACACUGGAAACCUAUUUCCUAUAUACCAUUUAAAGUGCUGCUGAUAUUUUUAUGUAGAAACUACUGCUGACAUAUAUUUAAAUGUAUUUGUUAAAACAAAAUCAGUGAGUUUUGAUAAAAAAUAAAUUUGCCAUAUAAUUUUCUUAUAAUAUAUGUAUGUAGAAGUUCAAUAUUACAGUAACUUUACAUUUAAAAAAUGUUACACUAUUAAGGAAUAUAAUUUUUCUAUAAGAAGAUUUGUAAAUUUCAUAAGCUACAAGAACUGUUGAAAACAAUUACUUUAGAUCUGCUUGUGCAAUACCAGUUUAUCAUGUUAUCAAUUCUUAAAGGGCAUAUCCUGUUUAUUCACAUAACACAUGCUACCUGUGAUGUCAAGUUGAGCAACUUACAGUGACUAAGAAACAGUACCGUCAUAUUUGGUCUACAACUUUCUAUGUAAGACAUUUAUUAGAAUUGAAGUAAAAAAAUACAGCAGAAGCAUGUUUUAAUUAAUUUAAACACUUCAAAUAGGUUGUAUACAUUCAUGGAGAAACUGGCAUUUGUUUAAUUGCUGUCCAAAGAAUCUCGUUUUUAAUAUGUUUUGUCAAAUUGUCAUAUAUGCCGUUGCAAUUUUGUAUAUUUCAAUUUUUGACAAAAUCAUAGUUAUUUUUUUCUACAUUAUUACGUCUUUCUAAUGCUACCACAAUGGGUUAGCAAAUAUUUUUAUACUGUUACAUUCCAUGAGCGUUUCUGUUGCAAGCAAACUUAAACCUGAUAAUUCUUAAUGUUCGAUGAUACUUAUGUUUUCUUAUCUUUUUACCUAAACACCUGUUGUUUUUUUAAAGACUUAUUUUUGCAAUAUAUUUGUUUACAGACAAAAUAUUUUCUUGAAUUGUUGGACAAUAAAAAAUUCACAGGUUUGCCUCUUCAGUAUACUAUAUUUUACAAUUUGAAAAGCCUUUGGGCAUUACAAAUACAUAAUAUUUACAUAAUCAUGAAGCUGCAAGUAAUUCGUAUGCCAGUUUAGUAUAAGAGAUUACCUAGUGUAUUGAAUGACAUUUUGCAGAUUAUUGUACACCUUCUUGAUUAAAAUGUGUGAUAUAGCAUAAUAUGAAUUGCUUAAAUAUAUAUAUGUAGUUAAGAUGUAGAAUCACGGUUUUAUGCGUAAAAUCUGCCAGAUAUACCAAUUAAUACUGUUAUUUGUAAUAAUUUUGUAAUAAAUUGUUGAAACAUA